CUUCCGCGAACUAUGGCUCUCCAGCUGAUACUGCAGAGGCACUUCCCCUGUAGAAAUAUAUCUCGAUCUCAGGUUUUAGGCGAAUGGGUGAGAAAUGCCUCGACCACUGGCGUAAAGGGCAUCCCUAGAUACAAUAUCCUUGGCAGUGGACAUCCUCUGAACACUAAUAUACAGAAUAGGGUCGCAUUAAGUUCCCACUGGGCAGGUGCAACAGGGCCACUCACAUCGAAGGUACAAGUAUGGAAGACCCACAAGAGACUAGGGGUGCGAAACUGCUUCCACCCAGGGGCCAGUGCACUCUCCCGGGAAUAUGUGGGAGUCUCAGCGAAGGAGGUCACAGGGAGAGAGAUGCUUGGGGCCCUGGCUUCUUACGUCUGGCCGAAAGGCAAUAUGGCAGUUAAGGGGAGGGUGCUGACAGCACUCAGCCUGCUUAUCAGUGCUAAGCUCCUAAAUGUACAAGUCCCAUUCAUCUUUAAGGAUGGUAUAAACUACCUAAAUGAACACACUGGCAACCUGUUGACAGUAGCUGAACCUGCCUCUGCUGUUGCUGCUACAGCUGUAUCGCUGAUGAUAGGAUAUGGAAUUGCUCGCACUGGAGCAGCUGGGUUUAAUGAACUACGCAAUGCAGUGUUUGCCAAGGUGGCACAGAACUCAAUCCGAAAGAUUGCUGGCAACGUCUUCCUUCACCUUCACAGCCUUGACUUGAAUUUCCACCUGAAUCGGCAAACGGGAGCACUCUCCAAAGCCAUUGAUCGGGGGAGCCGGGGAAUAAAUUUUGUCAUGUCAGCACUUGUUUUCAAUAUUGUGCCCACAAUAUUUGAAGUUAGCUUGGUGGCAGGGAUAUUGGCAUACAAAUGCGGUUGGGAAUUUGCAGGUGUAACUGUGGCCUCAAUUAUGGCAUAUGCAGCUUUCACUCUGGGUAUAACACAGUGGCGUACCAAGUUUAGGGUGGAUAUGAACAAGGCUGAAAAUGCGGCAGGAAACCGAGCCAUUGAUUCACUCAUCAACUAUGAAACUGUGAAGUAUUUCAAUAAUGAAGAGCAUGAAGCCAAGGAAUAUGACAAAUAUUUGAAAAAAUAUGAAGGGGCAUCUCUGAAGACGGCAACCUCACUGGCCUUGCUCAACUGGGGACAGAAUGCAAUAUUCAGUGUUGCUUUAUCAACUAUGAUGGUUCUAGCAACAAAAGAAAUUCUUAAUGGUAAUUUGACUGUGGGUGAUCUAGUGAUGGUCAAUGGAUUGUUAUUCCAACUAUCCCUGCCGCUCAACUUCUUGGGGUCUGUUUACCGUGAGGUUCGUCAAGCACUUAUUGACAUGCAAACAAUGUUCACGUUGAUGAAACAGCCAACUACUAUAAAGGUACUGUUCCCUUCUUUGGUAUCUCUGUUUGAAUCACAUACUACUUGUCGCUUUUACAAAGCAUCUGUUACAGACUACCAUGACACAAGCACACUCCUACAGAAUGUCACAAUCACAGCAACAGAGAACUCAACUGCUAUACACCACAUACCAACUACAGCCAUGGAACAACAUUGA